UAAAAUGUCAACGUCAACAUAAUACAUAUCAAUGACAUGUUUGUGGCUGUUUUUAUUUUCAUAAAAUAAUAAAAAUAUAAAUUAAUUAAAAUAUAUAAUGAGUUAUAUGAGUGAUUUGUCGCAAUCCAACGAAUAUCUAAGCUUUAGAAGUAGUAUUCCGUUACGGAAAAUAGUCGUAGAUUCAGACGGUUCCAAGGCCUGGCGUAUAUUUGAUAGCGGACCAAAAUCAGUUCGGUGCCCUUUAAUAUGUUUGCCACCAGUUUCUGGGACUGCCGACGUGUUUUUUCUGCAAGUGAUGGGUUUGGCCUCGAGAGGCGUUCGCGUGAUAGCAGCCGAACCUCCACCAUACUGGAAUAUGAAAGAAUGGAUUGAUGGUUUUAAACGUCUCAUUGAUUAUUUGGAAUUAGAUAGGAUACACAUAUAUGGCGCCUCACUAGGAGGAUUCAUGGCUCAGAAAUUUGCUGAGCUUACAAGAAACUGUCCAAGGGUAGCUUCAUUGGUUCUAUGUAAUACAUUUACAGACACUUCAGUGUUUGAAUACAAUGAUUCAUCAGCACUUUUCUGGUUGCUUCCAUCUUUAGUGCUGAAAAGAAUGUUAAUGGGAAAUUUUACAACUGAUAAAGUUGAUAAGAGGAUAGCUGAAUCUAUUGAUUUCAUGGUAGAAAGGCUUGAGUCACUCAACCAAUCUGAAUUGGCUUCAAGACUAACUCUCAAUUGUAGUCCAUGCUACAUACAACCUCAUCUAUUGAAUAAUAUGCCAAUAACAAUCAUGGAUGUAUGGGAUGAAAGUGCAUUGAGUUCAAGAGUUAGAGAAGAUCUCUACAAAUCAUAUCCGCAAGCUAAACUAGCACAUUUAAAAAGUGGAGGCAAUUUUCCAUAUCUAAGCAGAAGUGAUGAAGUUAAUUUGCAUUUACUGAUACAUUUACGUCAAUUCGAUGGUACGGAAUUAUCAUCAUCUUAUUUAAGUCUUGUACCGCAACCAAAGACUGGCAACAAUUCUGAACAAGCUUCCGUUAGCUAUUUCAACCAGAGGGAUAAGUUUGUUAAAAUAUCAUGAAAUGGGAAAUUAUUCCAUAUAAUAUUGGAAAUAAGGUUGUUUUUAAUGUGUUUAUGCAUUUCAUAGAAAUAUUUAAAUUUUUAUAUCAUAAAAUUUACUAAUGGCUGCCAUUUAUAUUUAAUUCUUCUAGUAUGCAAAUAAAGUAGUGUGGAUUCAAGAUCUGGGGAAAAAAGAAAACAAUUUUUUAUGUUGCAAUUUAAAUAAAGUGCCUUGCUUACAAUUUUUGAAUAUUAUGUUUUUUUUCGUAAAAUAAGAUGUUUUUUUUAAAUAUUCUAAUUGAUGCUAAAAGAGCUGCUAAAAGACAAUACAGAC